UCAAAACUCGAUCAAAUCUAUUGAAUACCAACUGAAUGACGAUCAGAAUUAUAGAAAUGUCUAAAUUUACCACGAAAUUAAUCGGGGCUUUUUUUACGUGUCUCAUAACAUCCAGCGGAAUGCUAUCAAAGGAUGUUGGGACAGAUCAAUCAGUCAAAGUUUUGGAAAGCAUUUUAACGGGCUCUUCCAAAGCUAGGACUGACUUCAUGGAAAAGGUCUUGAAUCAACUGUUUGAGGAAACACUACUGAGAGUGGAAAUGGAAAAGAAAUUAAGUCGUAUUGAGAAGACGCUUGCAGAAUUCAAGAUCAAUAUGGUAGAUUUUAGUUUCACUGUUAUGAAUCUAACCAGUAUGAUGGAUUCAGCACAGAAAGAGAAAAAAUUUCGAUGUGAAGCUGGAACUACUGGGCAAAUGUAUAUUAAGCAACAACCACUGUGGCCAUACGUCCAAACAGUGACAUUCCGUGAACCUUUUGCUAAAGAACCUGAAGUUACCUUCGGUUAUGCAACACUUGAUUCUGAUCGUUUGAAGAAUGUGCGAGUAAAUACAUUCGUUCAAAACAUCACUAAGAGUGAAUUUACACUCACUAUCCACACUUGGGCGGAUACCAUUUUGUAUGGAACAAAUGUCAGAUGGAUGGCUUGUGGAAAAUAAAAGAAAAAUAGGAAAACUUUGCUACAAAUCUGACAAAGUUUGAAAAAUGUUUUCAUUCGAAACUUAAAUAAAAUUUAAACCAUCUUAUAAAA